UUGUGUCUCCUGCUACCUCCAUCCAGCAGGGGUCGCUGUCGGGCGGAGCUACUGUCACUCCUGAAACACAAACUGACAGAAUAUCAUAACAGGAUCCGGAGUUGGGCUGGUGGGAGGGGGGCGAGAGGAUCUGAUUGUCCUGAGAUCCACUGGGGACCCGACCCUGAGCUACAGGCACAAGAAAUCACUUUCACAACUCCUUGCACGAUACACGUCGCUGCUGAAACGUCUCCUGCACGACCACGAAAAUCGCGUGUUCUUAUUGGACCAUAAGAACCUAAACCGAGUCGGAUAUUACAGGGGAACAUCUGUCAAUUUUCUUUUAAUUAAAGAAGAUUUAAUGUAGUUAAAUGUUAUCGACACAGUCUCCAUAAACUCAGGCCUGAACCUUUUUCUUCCCGUAUCGACCACAACGCAAGAAUUUAACUUGAAAAUCAGCGCUGGGAGGAGACGAGCCAUAAAGCGAGAGGCAGUUUAUUUCCUCACUGGCCGUGACGAUGAAUUGACUUACCCUUUAAUUUAAUAUAAUUAUUGUAAUAUAUUGACACAAACUUUUGGAAUAAUAUAUAUAUAUAUAUCCUUUAUUGCAUUUUUUGGGCAGAAAACAUAAAUCAGGGCUUUUUUUUUUUACAAAAAAAAUCUAUUCUUAUGGCUGUAUGAAUAUUUUUAAGCGGAGAGAAAGCUGAGGCUUCGUUACAGAGAGUUUUUUUUUUUUUGUUUUUUUUUAAAAGGUUUUGUAAUUGCAAUGGAGUCGCCCUUAAAUGGUUCUAACAUGGACCUCUCAGAGGAAAAAGGCAAGGCGGAGAACUGUGAGGUUGUGGAGGAGCGGAAGGAACCCGGUGAUGAUGAGGAGGUCCCGGUGCUGGAGAUUUUGAAUGAAGAGAUGUCUGAAUCAGAGUCUCAGAAUCAGGAGACCAGUGGUCCUUGUGGGACUUUCGUUGCCCAAAGUGCAGCGGAAUCAGAGGCAACUCAGUUGGACUCUGCUCCGGUAUCAAGCAGGGUCACCGACCCAUCGGAGUCCGUCGAUUCCCAGAACAAGGAGAGCAGCGGAGGACCUUCAGAGGGCAACAUGGAGAACCCUUCUCUGCAGAAUCUCCUGAGUUCCAGCCCAUCAGAAGAGGCUUUGGAGGCAGGUCCUUCCAGAUGCACCGACCCGUCGGCCGAUUACUACUUUGUCAAGUGGAUCAACUGGAAAGGGGAGAGGACUCCCAUCAUUACCCAGAGCGAGAAUGGACCUUGUCCUCUGCUGGCCAUCAUGAACAUCCUCUUCCUGCGCUGGAAGGUAAAAUUACCCCUGCAGAAAGAAGUGGUUACAUCGGAGGAGCUGAUGGCCCAUCUGGGAGACUGCGUCCUCUCUAUCCAGCCGCAGGAGAAUUCCGAAGCUCUGCAGCUCAACUUCCAGCAGAAUGUAAAUGAUGCAAUGAUUGUGCUGCCCAAGCUCUCCACCGGUCUGGAUGUCAACGUGCGAUUUACUGGUGUGGCCGACUUUGAGUACACCCCCGAGUGCAUCGUAUUCGACCUGCUCAAUAUUCCUUUGUACCACGGCUGGUUGGUGGAUCCGCAGAGUGCAGAAUCAGUCCAGGCUGUGGGGAAGCUCAGUUACAACCAACUCGUGGAGAAAAUCAUAACUUGCAAGCAUUCAAAUGACAGCAGUCUUGUUGCAGAAGGUCUCAUAGCAGAACUAUUUCUGGAAUCUUCCGCGGCCCAGCUGACUUAUCAUGGCCUGUGUGAGCUCAUGGCGGCCGUGAAGGAGGGGGAACUGAGCGUCUUCUUUAGAAACAACCAUUUCAGCACUCUCAUAAAGCACAAGGGGCACCUCUACCUGCUGGUGACUGACCAAGGCUUCCUGAACGAGGAGAAGGUGAUCUGGGAGAGUCUGCACAAUGUGGAAGGAGACAGCUGCUUCUGCGACUCCGAUUUCCACCUCACGCAGCACUUGGAGAAGGAGGCUUCAUUUGGCAGCCCCCAGCUGCAGAGACAGGUCGAUCAGGAUUACAUGAUCGCUUUAUCACUGCAGCAGCAACAGCAGGGACCACUGGCAAUGAGUGAUCUGGAGCUCGCCCAGCAACUGCAACAGGAGGAAUAUCAGCAGCAACAGCAGCAGCAGCAGCAACAGGGGCAACAUCACCCCCCUCCUCAUCAGCCACCUCCGCAAGCCACACCCCAGCAGGCUCGAGCACAGACUUCGGGGCAGUCCUCUGGGGAACGUCGGCAGCGGCAGAAGCCAGAUUCUGAUUGCACCCUGCUGUAGCCCUUUAACUACACUGGAAAAGGGGCUGAUCCACCGCACAGAUCACCGGCCCAACUUGUGCUGCAUUUGCCGGUGUACAGCCGACAGUUGCGAGGAGCCCCGACCCAGCUCAGUGCGAGUGUAUCAUGGGCGCUAAAGACACAGGGGCCCAUUCUCUGGUACCGAGGAGGGGGAAAUUUACAACACCCACCCUUCACCCCUCUGUAUUUUUUUGUAAUUCAGUAACGACCUUUUUAUUGUGACCAAACCUGAUCUUUAAAGUCCAAAAUAGCUGCAGCACACAAAUCCGUUUUAGUAAUGCAAAAAGUGACUUUUAUUGGCUCAGUGCAGACUUCAAAACAUGGCGACGUUUCGGGCCACACAGGGCCCUUUCUCAAGCCUAACCCCGAUCUUUAGGCGUGAGCGUUUUUCUUUUCUUCUGGCGCUUUAUGUCUCUGCGGCGAGUGACGGCACAACUGGGCGCCAGUUUACCACUGAUCCACGUGUUCCAGGUAAAGGGCUAGAGAGCGGCCAGCCUGGGCUACUUUGCAGACAGACGUUUCUCUUUAGCUGAGCAUAUUCCCCGCUAUUUGUGCUCAACCUUACGCUCUUUGGCGCCCCCUUUUUAGCAGUUCCACUACCAAUUCCUUUAUAAGUCAAUGGGAACAGUUUUGCACCUUACGCUUAAAAAAAAUAAAUAAAAACAACCAAAAAAAACCCCAAGUAUCUACGUUUUGAUAAAGAUGUGAUUUUUUUUUCUCCCCGCCCAAAAUUUGUUGUUUUUUUUUUUUAAAUCCGAAAUGUAUUCACUCUCACGAUGAAGCUCAUUUAGGCACCACCCGCAUAGAUAGGGGUUUUUAAUGUUAUUCAUCCUGCAGCUUUUAGUUCAAGGGGAAGUAAACUGUCACCUCUGCAGUCAAUGUUCUGUUUGGGGGUGUCCAGCGUCCCCACCACCUCAGCCCUCAAUACCCAAUGGCGGGUGUUUUGGGGGGUUUCAGUGUCUCUAGAUGACAGUUACUCCAGUAUUCACAUGACCAGCAAUAGUUGUCUACAUGGGGCAUUGCCAAGGUUCCUUUCCUCAAAUACUUACACAUUCUCUCUGUUAAAUAAAGCAUUUUACCUCUUA